AUGAUUGAGAAUAAAGAAAUUGAUAAUCAAAAAGUUAUCGAUGAUGAAGAAGUUAAGGAAACAGAGGAAGUGAUUAAUGAAAAUGAGAUAAUGGAAAGUUAUAAAGAAUUAAUUGAAAAUAAAGAAGCUGAAGAGAAUAAUAAAGAAGAAAUCAAAGAUGAUAAAAAAAUUGAUGACAGUAAUGAACAAAAGCAUUUUAUUUAUGAAGCUAUGAAUGGAUUUUGUAUUAAAUCAGAUUAUUCUAAUAAAGAAAUUAAAAUUUUAGAAGAUUCUAAAAAUAAUUUAACUUUACAUGCUAAUCAAGAUUUAGAACAUGAUGGUAAUAAAGUUCAGAUAAUUGAAGAGAACCUAAAUAAUAAAUUCAAAACCAAGUGUGAAUUGGUAUUUAAAGGUCGUUGUAUUUUUGAUUUUAAGAAUAAUAGUAAAAACAUUUAUUUGAUUGCUAAUGAUGAUAUUAAGGCCAUUAAUACAGAAAAAAUAAUUAACAAUAAUUCUAAUAAGUCUAAACAGAGUGAAUUUAAAAGUGAAAAAGUAAUUAUCAAACCAAAGAAUUCAAGAAGUCUUGAAUACAUAGAAUAUGAAGAUGAUGAUUCACCACCUUCGUGUUAUUGCUUUUAA